AUGAACAAAGUGGAUUUUGCAAAGUGGUUUAAAAAUUAUGUUCAUGAUCCUUUAAAUAAUUUGACGAAUUUGAAUAUUCAUUCCUUGGCAUGGGGUCCUUUGAGAAUUGUUAAAUGUUGGCCUAUUCACAAAGUCAAUGGCUUUAAGUUUCACACAAGAUCUCACUCAACUGGAAAGUCAACUCAGAAUUAUGGAAUAUGUGUCAAAGGCAUAGGUUACGCAAGAGGUGAGAUUGAGAUUGAAACAACAGAAGAUUUUGCAUAUCAAGAAGAUGCCACAAAUCAAUCUAACAAUCAUAUCUCAAAUGAUAUUGACACUAUUAUUGAUUUACUGGAUACCAAUAGUACAAUAUAUGAUGAUGAUGAUGAUGAUGAUGAUGAUGAUGAGAAACUUGGGGAUGAGAACGAGGAUGAGGAUGAAGACAAAGACGAGGAUGAGAACAAUGAGGACGAAGAUCAAACUGAAUAUUUUUUGAAGGCCUUAAUUUUUACACCAAUAGACAAUUAUAUGGAUCUUCAUCCAAGACAACGCAGAGAUGAGGGCGAUCGGCGAUACGACAGCGACCGGGCGAAGUGGCAGAGAGCGGCGAGACGACAACGACUGGGCGAGACGGCGGUGAGGGGGUACACGACGGCGAGACGAUGGGCCGACCAGCUCGAGGCCAAGGACAGACGAGACCUACGAAAGGUGACCGUGAAACCGUUGAAGCAAUCAAACUAG